CCCCACAGGAGUGGCGCUGACCAUCUCAAAAUCAGCACAACACAGCACAACUUUCGCUCUGCAAAUUUCUUUGGAAUAUAAUUGUUUUAUUGUCUGGAAGAGAAAACCAUCUGCAGUCAGUUUAUUUCAAGGUUGUGACUUCUUGGUGGAGUUCAUCAUGGCAGCGUUAACAAGUGCAGAGCAGACAGUCAAAUAUCUCCUAUUCGCCUUUAAUUUUGUUAUUUGGCUUGCAGGUACAGGAGUCCUGGCUAGCGCGCUCUGGCUGCGUUUUGACAAGAACACUGAGGUCCUUUUUCAUGAGGAAGGCUCCCCUUCCACAUUCUACACAGGUGUUUACAUCCUCAUCGUGGCUGGGUCCCUUAUGAUGGUGGUCGGCUUCCUUGGGUGCUUUGGAGCCAUCAGAGAGUCACAGUGUAUGCUGGGAUUGUUCUUCAUUUUCCUGCUCAUCAUCCUUACCACGGAAGUGGCUGCAGGAAUCUGGGGGCUGUCCAAUAAAGAUAAGAUUGUACAAGAGUUAAAGCAAUUCUACAUUCAGACCUUUGAAAACUACCAAAAGACAAAGCAGCCGACACUGAAAGAAACUUUGAGAGCCAUUCAGUAUGGUUUUCAAUGCUGCGGUACAACUGGAACUAUUUUUGAUGGCGCCUCAGACACCUGCCCAAAGAAGGAGGGUUUGGAGCAGUUCGUCACAAAGAGUUGCCCAUCUGCAAUAGAUGACUUGUUUAAUUCCAAGAUGCACGUUAUUGGAGGUGUGGGCAUUGGCAUUGGUGUGAUCUUGAUCUUUGGCAUGAUCUUCAGCAUGAUGCUGUGCUGUGCCAUCAGACGAACACGAGAUGUUGUAUAACGGGACUUGCGGAUUCUUCCACUUCGCAACUACCUGUCUGGCCUUUAAAUGUAGGCCAUGUGUUCACUGCCAAAGCACACUGCUUCAAUACCCCUUAAUAUAUUAAAUUCUGUUUCUAAUGCAGUUGCAUAUCCAGGUGAAAAUAUCACCGGAGACCACUGUUUAUACCUCUGAGUUUUACCAUAACAAACUGUCUGGUUUGCCUGUAGUAUAUUUUUAAUUCCCUUUUUUUUGCUUGUGGUGUUGUGUACAUGUUCAUUUUAUUUUCACUAUAAUAACACUUAUUUUGUAAAAGAUUUGAUUUUAUAUAUUGGUUUCAACUUCAGUUGUUUUAAAUGUGCUUUAUAAAUGAAUAAACUAAACUUAUAACUAUAUUUUCCCAUAUAUCUAUACUGGAGUGUUAACUCUGAAAUACUAAAUAAAAUUGUCUAAUACAAACACA